AUCGCUAUCGUAGAACAACUUGCAAUUGGAUAUUCUCAUAUUACCAACAACCACUGCAUAAGAAAUAAUUAUCAAGAUGCGAAUAAUGGAGAGAAAUCUUCCUCGAUUAAGAGGAAUCUUAGAAAGAGAAGAUCUGAAAUAAAUUAUAUUGAGUUGUCAGAAGAAGACAUAGACUCAGAUUGCGAAGAAGGGUCGAUUAAGGAUCAGCCACAAAAAAGGAGUAGAAACGAAGGAGAAAGUAUGACUAACGAUAGGUCAAAAACUCCAACUCGUCAAAUUGUAUAUUCGGCAAAUCCGGACUUGUUUAAACAGCUAAAUAAAGAAAAACAGCGAGCUAAAACCACUUGUGAGCCAAUUUGUUCAAACAUAAUCGAUACAACAAACAAACUUUUAAUGGAAAGAUUGAAAAUCAAACGUGAUUAUCCAUGGGCUUCUGUAAUAAACGAGGCCACAAAAUAUAUCGAUGAAUUAAUUGAUAAUUCUGAUUCUCGCGAUAAAUUCCGAAGAAAGCUUCAACUUCCAUUUUUUCCAUAUGGUGAAACAUACUCAUUUAGAAAUCAUUAUGAAAUGCAUUGGAUUCAUCGUUUUGCUGACAAAUUAUCUUUGUUUUUUGAGGCACCAAGAAAUCCACUCUUAGAUAAAAACUCAGAAGGUUGGCUAAAUUGUCAUAUCCUGACUCCGCUAAUUGACGACUGUUUUUUAAUGUGUGAAGAGAUUCGAAUUCAUCGAGGUGAAGAGAUAUCGUUGGCAUCUACUGAACGUAAAAACUUAUUAAGAGAUGAGUCUGAAAAAAAAAAAUCUGGACACAAAAUUGAUAUUCUAUUUCGUAUUGAUGAUGUGGAAUAUUUUGGUUCAGAAACAUACGUUGAUGAAGAUCCACAAAACUCCAAACCGAUUUCCUACAAGCAUAAAAUCUUGCGAGAAAUGAAGGAUCAACUAGACCGUCUCUUGAAGAAGUUAAAAUUUACAAGGGAAACAAUUCAAGAGAUAAAGAACAUUGUUGUACAUGGAAUAAAUCAAGGAGGUCUUAACGGAAAGAUCUAUGCAAUGUACUACGAUAAUGACCUUCAGUAUUAUUUUGUUUUUGAGACAUGUCGGUAUCGGAUCGGUACUACGUGGGGAAGUAUUCCGGAAAGUCUCAUGUCUUUAAAAGAUAUUCUGUGCUUAAAGAAAGAUAUAAACAAUGUUCUUGAUACUGUCAAGAAAAUAAAAUUAACUGCUCUACGCACAAAGUCAGAGGAUUUGUUUACCAUAGAUAAUCUCCCAGAAACAACAGCAUCCCCCCUAAAAACUGCCAAGAAUAAAUAA